CUUGAGCAUGCGGAAAGAAUGAUGCAACGAAUGGAGAUGUACCUUCACAGACGACAACUCUGUGACGUAGUCUUGAUCACAACUUCCGGGCGUCGAGUUCCGGCGCAUCGUCUGGUCCUGGCGGCAGCGUCUGACUACUUUGCGGCCAUGUUUACUAGCGACCUUCUGGAAGCUGACCUCGAGGAAGUGGUCAUCAAGGAGGUUGAACCUGACGCCCUGGUUGCUUGCGUUAGGUACAUCUAUACAGGACAAUUGGACUUGCGUGAGGACACAGUAGAGAGCAUCUUAUCAGCUUCCUGCCUCCUACAACUUCCGGAAGCAUCUAUCGUCUGCUCCAGGUUCCUCUCCAAACAGCUCCAUCCUUCCAACUGCAUCGGCAUUCGACAGUUUGCCGAUCUACAAGGAUGUUGCAGGCUCUACGACGAGGCCAAUGCCUACGUUCUGGAAAACUUCAUGGAGGUAACAAAACAUCAAGAAUUCAAUUUCCUUGCUGCAGACGACUUAGUGCAGCUUCUGUGCAGCGACGACAUUCGCGUCAGUAGCGAGGUGGUGGUGUUUGAAGCCCUCGUUUGCUGGGCAAAACAUGAUGAAGUUGAAAGAAAGAAGGACCUUGGGAGGCUGCUGGCGUGUGUGAGACUACCUCUUCUUCCCGCUCAAUACAUAGCGGACAAAGUAGCCGCCUGUCCUCUAUUCCGAGAGGACCUGUUCAUCCAGGACCUGAUCAUGGAAUCUUUGAAGUACCACUUGCUGCCGGAGAGGAGGAUGACCAUGUACAACAUGAGGACUCGUCCGCGCAAAUCCACUGUCGGUGUUCUCUAUGCGGUCGGCGGAAUGGAUUGUGGAAAAGGAGCGGUCAGCAUGGAGAAGUACGACAUGAGAACGGAUCAGUGGUCUCAGGUCGCCUGCAUGAACGGCAGACGACUUCAGUUCGGAGUGGCGGUCAUCGACCUGGUGCUCUACGUGGUGGGCGGUCGAGAUGGACUCAAAACUUUGAAUUCGGUCGAAUGUUACGAUUGUCGAACCGACACGUGGUCGAGCGUCAACCCGAUGGCCACCCACAGACACGGACUUGGAGUUGGAGUUCUCGGUGGUCCCAUGUACGCAGUGGGUGGCCAUGAUGGGUGGUCGUACCUGGCCACUGUAGAAAGGUGGGAUGUUCAAACUCAGCAGUGGAGUUAUGUUGCACCCCUCAGCACCCCACGAAGUACCGCCGGAGUUGUUGUUCUGGGAAAUAAAUUAUAUGCAGUCGGUGGUCGCGAUGGCAGCUCCUGUUUGCGGUCGAUGGAAUGUUACGACCCACACACGAACAAGUGGAGUAUUUGCUGUCCCAUGAACAAACGAAGAGGAGGGGUGGGUGUUGCCGUCUGCAACGAAUUCCUGUACGCUGUUGGUGGUCACGAUGCUCCGUCCAGCAACCCUGCAUCCAGUAGGUUCGACUGCGUUGAAAGGUACGACCCAAAGACAGACACGUGGACGGCGGUGGCUCCCAUAAGUUCGCCAAGGGAUGCGGUUGGUGUGUGCGUUCUUGGCGACAAGUUGUUCGCAGUGGGCGGGUAUGAUGGCCAGAGGUAUCUGAACGACGUCGAGGCAUUCGAUACUCAUCUCAAUGAAUGGAGUGAGGUAGCACCUUUGCGCGUAGGAAGAGCUGGAGCAUGCGUUGUCCAUCUGGCAUUGUAAGACGGCUCGUCACGACUUCCUUGACAAUAAAAAUAAUAACAUUAUUAUUAUACAUUAUUAUUAUUAUACAUUAUUAUUCUAUAUUCUUUGAUACUGCCAUUUAUUAACAUUUGUAAUCUCUCAAUAAUACGUAUUCAUGUAAGGUAGGUCGUUUUAAUGUACGGUAGAUAGAUCCGUGUGACCUGCUGUGCUACCUACCUCUUGGUCUACUACAACAUUAUAAAAUAAACACUGAUGCUUAGUGAA